UCUGUAUCGGCAAUUCAAUAUAGGUGGAUACAUACGCUAUACAUCUGCCUCUCUUCCACUCAUUUACCCAUGAAAUUUCGAAUACUUGAACGGUCGAUUCUUUUCAUAUUAAAAAAAAGAAUAUUUAAUUGUGAUAAAAAAGAAAAAUGGAAAUUCUAUAUCGCUAGAUUAAUCGUUAUCUUCUAUAAUAUUUAACAGUUAUUUGAAAUUCUAUAUUCUAUUCUUUAAUAUAUUAAUAUUCAUUAUGAAUAGCGAAUAUGAAUAGCUAAGAAUUAAAAUAGUAUAAUAGUGAAUAGCAAAGAUUCUAAGAGUUUAUUGAAUUCUUAUACAUGUCGAAUUUAUGUUAUGUGAGCCUGCUUAGCUCAGAGGUUAGAGCAUCGCAUUUGUAAUGCGAUGGUCAUCGGUUCGAUUCCGAUAGUCGGCUUUUCUCUAUUUAUUUUAUUCUAUGUUUUACAUGAUUGAUAAUGCAUCUUUGAAAUCAAAGAAUAUUGAAAAAAAAAUGUUUUCCUCUUUUGGCGAAAGCCCUUGAUUUAUUAUGUGAUAGGAAUUUCCAACUAUCUAACGAAAAGAAUCCUUUUCUUUUUCUAUAUAUAGAAUAUAAAGAUCUGGAUAUUUAUCCAACUCAUCUCAUUAUUCUUUAAUAGAAUAACUAAGUAAAUUUCGCUUUAUUUAGAAUUUAGUUCAUUUUUAGUUUAGGUUUAUUCUGUAGAAUGAAAUUUCAUCAAUAAGAAUUAAUAAUUAAAUAUAAAUAAGAAGAAGGAGUCUUUAUGUCGCGUUACCGAGGUCCUCGUUUCAAAAAAAUACGCCGCCUGGGGGCUUUACCAGGGCUAACUAAUAAAAGGCCCAGAGCUGGAAGUGAUCUUAGAAACCAAUCGCGUUCCGGGAAAAAAUCCCAAUAUCGAAUUCGCCUAGAAGAAAAACAAAAAUUGCGUUUUCAUUAUGGUCUUACAGAACGACAAUUACUUAAAUACGUUCGUAUCGCCGGAAAGGCAAAAGGGUCAACAGGUCAGGUUUUACUACAAUUACUUGAAAUGCGCCUUGAUAACAUUCUUUUUCGCUUGGGUAUGGCUCCGACUAUUCCGGGAGCUCGCCAAUUAGUUAACCAUAGACAUAUUUUAGUCAAUGGUCGUAUAGUAGAUAUACCAAGUUAUCGCUGCAAACCCCGAGAUACUAUUGCGGCGAGGGAUGAACAAAAAUCUAAAGUUCUAAUUCAAAAUUCUCUCGAUUCAUCCCCCCAUGAGGAAUUGCCAAACCAUUUGACUCUUCAACCAUUCCAAUAUAAAGGAUUAGUCAAUCAAAUAAUAGAUAGUAAAUGGGUCGGUUUGAAAAUAAAUGAAUUGCUAGUUGUAGAAUAUUAUUCUCGUCAGACUUAAACCUAACAAAAAUAAAAUCAACACUAAUAAGAAUAAGGAAGAAUAAGGGUUCGACCCAUUUUGCUCCCUUUCGGCGAAGUAAAUUAACCUAAGGUUAAGAUAAAUAAGGGUUUGAUCCGGAUUUUUCUUCCAUUUAGGUAUCAUAGACCGAGAGGGAGAUUUUCA